AUGAUAACAUGUGACCGUUAACCCGUUCCAACCGAGAAGCCAAAGCCGAAAUACGGUAGACCUCUUCUUCUACUUUGUAGCAAAAUACUGAAGUGAAAGCUAAAAGCAGUCUCAAAGCAGAGCUGAGCUUAGGGUCACGGCCAUGGCUUCCAUAUCUAAACCACCGCCACGUGUCCACCUACCCACAAACCCUAGUCCGCUCCACUUCUUACCCGUUAUUCUAUCAUUUCCUUCCUUCCCAAAGGCGUUGCUUCCCCGGCGUCUCCGUGCCCUUAGGACCGGACCGGACGGUUACGGCUCUGAGUUGCUGAGGAAGCCCGUUGUCUCGCAGGAAAAGGACUCGGGCGGGAUUUCGGAUGAGAGCCAGGAGAGUGAGGAAGGGAAGAUGAGGGAUUAUGAGGAGAAAUGGGUUGACUGGGAGGACCGGAUUCUGGAGGAUACGGUUCCUCUUGUUGGCUUUGUUCGGAUGAUUAUUCAUUCUGGGAUAUAUCAAAGUGGAGAUAGAUUAAGUGCAGAGCACGAGACAACCAUUCUUGAGAGGUUGCUUCCAUUUCAUCCUGAGUUUGAAAAGAAGAUUGGAUGCGGGAUUGAUUAUAUCACAAUUGGGUAUCAUCCUGAAUUUGAAAGAUCACGCUGUUUGUUCAUAGUUCGAAAGGAUGGAGAGCUGGUUGACUUUUCAUAUUGGAAAUGCAUAAAAGGCCUUAUCAAGAAGAACUAUCCCUUAUAUGCUGACAGUUUCAUUCUCAGACAUUUUCAGAAGCAUAGGCGUAGUAUCUAAUAAGUAUGUUUGUGCGCUGAAGAAACAUAUUAGAACUUAGGGGGAGAUAUUUUGAUAUUCUUGACUUCUUGAAGUUGGAAGAAGUUAAAUGGAAAAGAUGGGACCAAACGCUGUUGGAUGAUUUGACCGAAUUUUGUAAAUCCACUCCAGUAAGUUCUGUUUGUCAAAUAUUUUAUGUAUUAUCAGUUCCAAAUGAUCGUUCUUUUUCUGGAUUCAAAAGGACUUGAGAAUAAACUCGUCAGUUUUUUUUUUUUUUUUUUGGUUGACCAUAGAAUCUUUAUGUUCUACAGAGAAUUACUUUCUUUCU